AUGGGCUAUUGGAGUCAAUGGAAGACUGACUAUUGGAAGAAGUUCACGCAGUACACUUGCCCGGACAUCUCGCGAACCGAGAUGGCUGGUGAACAAGAAAAUGAGCCUACUUGGGCCUGGGAUUUGUACAGCCUGGGAUGCAUUGCGUGA